AUGUCCUCCAACCCAUCAUCCUUCACUCCUACCAACGCCCCCCUUCCCAAUAACAACAACACCAAGAACGGCCCUACCGCCCCAAAGACACCCACCAAGAAAACCAGCGUGACAAUGACCCCCCAAACCCCCACCCCAACCUCAACCAACAGCAACAGCAACCCCAAAAAACGCCUCACCCCCUCAUCAUCCACCACGACCCCCACCAGCACCAGCAAGCGCACCAAACAACGCACCACCCUCCCCCCAAUCCCCACGACCCUCGCCAGCGCAACCGAACCCGACCUCCUGAUUAUCCGUCUCCGCGACGAAAACCAGGCCUCUUGGAACGCCAUCAACCAGGCAUGGACGGACCUGACGGGCGUGAGUGUGGGCGGGACGACGCUCAGAGCGAGGUAUAAUACCAUGAAGAAGAAUUUCGUGGUGGUUGAUCCAGCUGAUGAGGCAAAGAUUCUGCAAGCUAAGAAAGAUAUCGAGGGACGAUUGGAGACGGAGAAGUGGAGGUUGAUUGCGGAGGAGGUGGAAAAGGCUGGUGGGGGGAGGUAUCCCGGGGAGUGUUUGAGGAGGUAUGUGAGGGAGAUAGAGAAGGAGAAGGGGAAGAAGGGGUUGCUGUCUGCUAGUGGUGGUGAGGAGGUUCAGGAUGGGGAUGAUGUGAAGAUGGAGGUUGAAGAGGAGGAGGAUUAG